AUGUAAUAAUAUCCAAUUAGAUCCUACUCCAAGCAUUAAAACCAGCUUCAAGAACACUCCACAAGGUAUACUCCAAACAAGUUCACAGAUUGGCACAAAAAAUAUGAACCAAAACAUAAGCUUGACUGCCAACCUGAUCUGUAUUUCCACGCUUAAUCGAUCAUCAACCAAAGGCAAUUCCAAGUUAGAGAGAGAAGAUUCUCUUAACCUGAUUACCCAUAACAAAAACUGAGUCAAUACUCAUCAGAACCCUCAAACAAAGAAAAUAGACCACAAUUCUAAACCAAAUUUGAUUUCAAAAAUAUUGAUCAUAUCCUCUAAAAUAGACUCAACCAGAGACUCUGA